GAAUCUCCCAAAUUGUAACCUCUGAUUCUUUUGUGUAUACCCUCUUUAGUCCUCACUUUAGAACAAUCGAACAGUCAAUUUGGGGAAAAAGAGCAACAAACCCAAAAUUGCACUCAAAUUAAAAUCUGGGUUUCAAGCUCUAAUCACCAGAACUUUCAGUUCAUAGUGGUGCCAUUUUCUUGAAGGAAAAUUACAAAAUGAAAUUGUGUCCUAGAGAAGUCGAGAAAUUAGCACUUCAUAAUGCUGGUUUCCUUGCACAAAAGCGUCUUGCUAGUGGCCUCAGGCUCAAUUACACUGAAGCAGUGGCUGUCAUUGCAACUCAGAUUCUAAGUUUUGUUCGUGUUGGGAACAAGAGUGUGGCUGAACUGAUGGACAUCGGGAAGCAGCUUCUUGGAAGGCGACAGGUCCUUCCAGCUGUUGUUCACCUAUUACAUACAGUUCAGGUUGAAGGGACCUUCCCGGAUGGGACUAAGUUGAUCACCGUCCACGAUCCUAUUGCUAGUGAAAAUGGGAACUUAGAGUUAGCUCUUGAUGGUUCCUUUCUUCCAGUUCCGUCAUUGGACAAAUUCCCGGAGAUGGAAGAUGAUGUUGUGCCUGGUGAGCUGAGGUCUGGGGUUGGAGGCAUUUCCCUGAACAAUGGAAGAAGAGCAAUAACCCUCAAAGUUGUUAACAAUGGAGAUAGACCGGUUCAGGUUGGCAGUCACUAUCAUUUCAUUGAGGUGAAUCCAUCAUUGAUAUUUGAUAGAAGAAAAGCUUAUGGCAUGCGAUUGAAUGUACCUGCCGGAACAGCAAUACGAUUUGAGCCAGGGGAUGCAAAAACUGUCACACUUGUAAGCAUUGGAGGCAAAAGAUGCAUUAGAGGGGGGAACAACAUUGCUGAUGGUCCUGUUGAUGACGCCAAUGUCAAAACUAUAAUGGACACUGUACUUGCUAGAGGAUUUGGGCAUUCAGAAGAAGAAAAUGCCAGUACAGGAGUCACUGGAGAAGAUUUAAGUUUCACUAAAAUUAUAUCUCGUGAGGCUUAUGCAAACAUGUAUGGCCCUACAACUGGUGAUAAAAUCCGGCUUGGUGACACUGAUUUGUUCGCAGAAAUUGAAAGGGAUCUAGCAGUCUAUGGUGAUGAAUGUGUUUUUGGAGGUGGGAAAGUUCUGAGGGAUGGGAUGGGCCAGGCGUCUGGGUACCCAUCAGCUGCCUCUCUGGACACUGUUAUAACUAAUGCCACGAUCAUUGAUUACACUGGAAUAUUUAAGGCAGAUAUCGGUAUAAAGGGUGGUGAUAUUAUUGCCCUUGGAAAAGCGGGAAAUCCAGAUAUAAUGGAUGGUGUGUCGGCCAACAUGAUCAUUGGGGUUAAUACGGAGGUGAUUGCUGGAGAAGGAAUGAUUGUUACAGCAGGGGCUAUAGACUGUCAUGUUCAUUUCAUAUGUCCUCAAUUAGCUUCUGAAGCAAUAUCCAGUGGAAUUACUACUUUGGUGGGAGGUGGAACCGGACCUGCUUUUGGGACACGUGCAACUACCUGCACUCCCGCACCUUCACAAAUGAAAUUUAUGUUGAAAGCUACCGAUGACAUUCCAUUGAAUUUUGGUUUCACUGGAAAGGGAAAUAGUUCUAAGCCAGAAGGACUUCCUGAAAUAAUAGCUGCUGGAGCAAUGGGACUGAAACUUCAUGAGGACUGGGGAACCACUCCUGCUGCAAUAGAUAAUUGUCUCAACGUUGCAGAAGAAUUUGAUGUUCAGGUCAAUAUCCACACUGAUACAUUGAAUGAAUCUGGAUUUGUAGAACAUACAAUUGAUGCAUUUAAAGGAAGAACGAUUCAUACGUAUCACAGCGAAGGUGCAGGUGGUGGUCAUGCUCCUGAUAUAAUCAAAGUCUGUGGAGUUAAAAAUGUUCUUCCUUCUUCAACAAAUCCUACUAGACCUUUCACUUCAAAUACAGUAGAUGAACACCUUGACAUGUUGAUGGUCUGCCAUCACCUUGACAAGGACAUUCCAGAAGAUGUGGCAUUCGCUGAAUCACGAAUUCGUGCUGAAACAAUAGCUGCUGAAGACAUUCUGCAUGAUAUUGGUGCCAUUAGUAUCAUAUCUUCUGAUUCCCAGGCUAUGGGGCGCAUUGGAGAGGUUAUAUGUAGGACAUGGCAAACUGCACACAAGAUGAAGGUACAGAGAGGGCCACUACAGCCGAGUGACAAUGACAAUGAUAACUUCCGAAUCAAACGUUACAUAGCAAAAUACACCAUUAAUCCUGCCAUAGCUAAUGGAUUUUCUAAGUAUGUUGGAUCAGUUGAGGUCGGGAAGUUGGCUGAUCUUGUUGUGUGGGAUCCUGCUUUUUUUGGGGCAAAACCAGAAAUAGUCAUCAAAGGUGGUGAAAUUGCAUGGGCUAAUAUGGGUGAUGCUAAUGCUAGCAUACCAACACCAGAGCCGGUGAUAAUGAGGCCUAUGUUUGGAGCUUUUGGGAAAGCUGGAAGUGCCAAUUCAAUCGCUUUUGUCAGCAAGGCUGCUUUAGAAAGGGGAGUAAAGGAACUAUACGGACUUGAUAAGAGGGUAGAAGCUGUUGGUGGCGUAAGGAGGAUUACCAAAGAAGACAUGAAACUCAAUAAUUCCCUGCCAAAGAUCACGGUUGAUCCUGAUACUUACACAGUUACUGCUGAUGGCGAGAUCCUCACGUGUUCUCCAGCUUCAACCGUUCCAUUGUCGCGAAAUUACUUUCUAUUUUAGCCUUUUACUGGUUGAAAACUUGUACUUUGUCAAACCGUGUUUUAAAAGAGACCUAUAAAGAAGUGGAGAUGGCGUCUGGUGGUUGCAGGCAGGUUAUAAGGGCGUCUGGUUUAGGAAGAAUGAUAAACCAAUCCCGGAGAGUGAUGAUUCCAUGAGACAUUUCAGAAAUCUGUGAUUUAAGCCGAACAAUAAACAGUUACAUCUAGCAGUUUUAGGUCAGUUAAUAGAUCAUGUUGGCCAUUUCCAGAGAUUGGUUCGGGUUGAUCGGUGCAUCAAUUUAUCAAAUUCUUUGGAAAUUACCUCUUUGAAUAAGCGACAAAGAUGUCGUACUAGGUUCUUCUCUCUAACGCUGUGUAUAUAAGUAUAGAAUUCGAUAAAAUGUGAGAUUUACUCAUAUGCAAUGAAUAAUUCAGAUUUGAUCUUCUGUUAA